AUGGAAUUGAAACAACUGAAUAAAUUUACUUAAGAAUACAACUUAGAAAAGAAUGACAAAUUAAUUAAAUAUCUUAUUAUUUUGGGUAUAGAUGUAGUAAAACAGUAACUAAAUGAUAUCAAUAAUGAAGGAAUAAAGUGCUUAGCUAGUAUUUUCAAUAGAUAAAUUAGAUGCUUAAAAGGAGAAAUCUAUUCAAUAAGAAUUAAAAAGUUUACGCAAGAAAGUACUAUCAUUAGAGAAGCAUUUUUAACCUGAGGAAUAAAUAAAAUAUCAUAGUCAACCUAAAUUAUCAUGCUCAAAAUUAACUCCAAAAAUUACAGAGUAAAUACCAAUAUAAUAAAAUGUUAAAAAAGCAAUGCCAUUCAAACAUCAUUUAGAUGAUUCAGAAAUGUAAAAUGCUCUAUAAAUAUAUUAAGUAAAUCAAUAUUAUGGCAAUACGAGAAUAAUGAUUCACAACAUUAACGAUAAAGAAAAUAGAGAAUUGAUUAAUAACCAAUUAUACCACAAUGUCUUCCUAAAAAUACUAUUGUAUAAGAUGAAAUUGCUCCUCUCUCUUAAAGAGAAAAUAGUGCUAGAUAAUAAACAUAAAGAUCUUCAUAUCAUUCUAGUUAAGUUGAAAGUUUACAUAGCAGAAACUCACCUUAAUUUAAAGAUGAAACUAAGAAAAUACAAAAGGAGAAUAAAAGUUAAUAAGGAAGUAGUGUGCCAAAACAUCUUAGAUAAGUAAAAUCAAAAAUAAAGAAAUAAAUAUAAUAAGAUAAAGAACAAUAUCGAUCUAAUCAUAUUGCAAAAGAAGAAGAUUAAGGAAUAAACUUAUUAAAUAGCUCUUUAAAUCCAUUUAAUAAUACACCUUAAAAUAAAUUAUUUUAACCUUGUUAAUCUACUCAUUUUGGAAGUGGAUAAGUAUGUAGUAUAAAAUAAUAACAAAAUCAACCCUAAGAAUCAAAUCAUAUAACAGAUAAAAAAAUAAUAAAUAUUGAUGAAAUUGCAUCCUCAUUUUUGAAUUCUCCUUUUAUGAAAAGUCAAAUAAAGCAAAGAUUAUUUAUUAAUAAAUAAGAAUCAGCUUCAUAAUCAUCAGCGUCUAGCACUUUUACAGUGUUCAAUCCAAAUAAUGAACUCAAAAGUAUAUAUAUAAUACUAAUCAAGAUUUCUUUUAAUAGUUAGAUAGAUAAGUAGGUAACUCGUUAUCUUUUUAAUUUUGA